AUGAUCCACGUUAAUAGUGUUAGACGAACAGUCUGUCGUAAGCUGGCAAAGUCUAUUUCGUUGAAUUUUAUUUUCGUUCGAUGUCGAAGUAACAUCACCGAAUGGCAUGCCUCGGAAGUCAUCACAGACAGAAAAUCCAAGUUCCAAGCAAGACAUGUCCCAAUUACCGACGAGCUGGAUAUACCUACCAUAUUAGAACACCUCUUAGAAGACCAUAAGAACAUUUCCAGAUCGAGUCAUCCACAUAUAAUAGCAUGGCGAACGGGCCAGAUUACCCACGUCCCUGCCACAACAGUGCACCCGAAAUCCAAGGGAAAGAAAGAACCUUCGACGAACAAGGAAAGAGAACAAGAGGUCAAAUACCAUAAUGUUAAUCAGGGCUUUAAAGAUAAUGGUGAAAAGGGUGCUGGGUCAAAAUUGCUACAACAGGUCUUGGUACACCAUAAUUUGAUGAAUAUAUUGGUGAUUGUCACUCGCUGGUACGGUGGCAGUCCACUUGGACCUCUGCGAUUCAGACACAUAAUCAAUACAAGUCUAGAUAGUCUACGUAAGAGUAAUACUCUAUAG